GAAUUUCAAAGAUGGCGUCUUUCGAGAAGGCUAAGAAGUCUUAUCAGAAGUUUCAUAAAGAAAGGGGACAGGUACGAUCGAAAUCUCUCCAUAGAUGCAGCUCCAAGUAGUGAAAAUUGAUAUAAGUCAAAGAAAUUUGUUGAAUUCAUGUAAAUGGCGAGAUCAGUUCAAGACAAAUUCAUCAAACAAAAGCAAUCACAUAUCGUCUGUAAGCUUUAACACAUGUACUUAGACUCCAUUGAUUCUGUUUUAAAUAAUUGUUUGGCAGUUCCUGAAUUCUCAACACGCACCAGAGGUUUUUAGAUUUUAGCUGUGACAGGGAAGCAAAUUAAAAAAUUAAUCUUUCCAAAUUUGAUUUCAAAUUACCAGUACCAUUUAAUUGUUCGCUGGAAAAGCGCUAGCUAAGAGUGGUUGAAUUUUUAUCUUUACAAAAGAGUCAACCCUUCUGUAAUAGAAUACAAUUUGGGAAUUAACUCUCAGAUUAUAGAAUUUAAAUAAUUAAACAACUUCGUCACAAAACACUCGCAAACUUAAAAUUUAUAUUUUCAAAAUUAUUUUUCAGUUGAAAAGCAGAAAGAAGUAUGGUCUUCUUGAAAAGCAUAAAGAUUAUGUCUUGCGUGCAAGGUGAGGGUCGCCCACAGAUGUAUUUAACAGACUUGCUCGAGCUACCAUUGAAUUUGAGUGCUCAUGCUUCGUUUCUGUAGCAUUAAAGAGCCAGGAGGCCGAGGGUGGCUACUGUAAUGACAAGACAAGACAAACGAUGCUCUUUCUUAAUGUAACUUACUUGCUCAAGAUGCCAAGAAAGCAAGGCAGGCAGAGCUUGAACUGGUACCUCUUAUUGUAGCGUCCAGUAUGCCAAAUUGUAUCUCACACAAAUUCUCUUCAUAGCAGGGUAUCUUAUUUACCCACAUACUAACCAGAAGUCAGGAUGUUAUUUUGAUUAUCAUUAUUUUUAUUUUUUACAGAGACUAUCACAAAAAGCAAGAUCAUCUCAAACUUCUGAGAGAGAAAGUGAGUUUAUUUUUCAUUGUGGUGAUACCAUUUGUAUUUGUGACCUAUUGGUAUCAAAUGUUAUUUCAAUGGAGAAAGUCAUUUGUCAUAAAAAUAACACUUUGCAAAAUAGUAAUUUCAAAUUGAAAGUGCCACUUAGAUAUAUAAUUUUUCUUUCACUGCUGUCAGGCAUUAAACAAGAAUCCAGAUGAAUUUUACUUCAAGAUGAUCAGCAGCAAAACCAAGGUAAGGAAACUUAUAUUUUUCUGCUGUUUCAUUUUGACUUUGUUACAGUGCAGCUACUGUUAUCAGAGUCAUUUUCGCAAAAGUCACUAAACUGUUGACAGGAAAGGAGUGGCAGCUUCCAUCUGAAUCUUUUUUGUCAUAUUUGGUCUGGUUUUUAAUUGACCCUGGUAACAGUGGCAAGACUGUUAACCCUAUCACUACUUGUGAAAUUUUAAGUAUCAAUUAUUGUCUCUGUCAGUCCCAGAUUUUGUAUGAUUUUAGCCCUGAGAAUUUAAUAUGAAAUCAAAUUGAAUCAUAUCAUGUAUUCUACUCAUUACCUCUUUCGUUUGAAUGAUACAUGGAGGAAUAAUGCAUGGGGUAAAGGAAGUGAUUAUCUUGUAACUUCUCCCUAUAGAUCAAUCUACAAGGAAAUGUGUAGUAGCUAGAGGGGAGAAUUAACAAUCAGAUCUUGGGAGUUAAAGGGUUAAGGAGCUGGUUGUGAAAUAAUGCUAAUGUUAAACCUUUUACGCCGCCACUGAUACUGCCAGCAUGUAUAUUUUCCACAUUGUUCUCCUUAGUCCCAGACAAGUAGAAUUUAUUAAACAAUCAAGAUCUUCUUUAGUUGGUGGUUUUUUUAAUUCUUGUGAGCUUAGGGAUCAUUGGGUUAACAAUAAAUGGUUCUGAACUGUAGGAUGGAAUCCACCAUGCAAAGAGAGGAAAGACACACACUGCUAAGGCUCUGAAGCACAUGAAAACACAGGACCUGAACUAUGUUAGUUCUAAAAGAUCCAUGGAAGCAAAGGUAAAUGAAUACAAAACUUGAUGCAAGUGGUUAAAAUAUUUCACAUGGUGAACAGAGUCAGUCUAAGGCAGGUUUCAGUCUCCAAGACUGGCUGGCCUAAGUUAGUGUCUGAAUAAAGAGGCAGUGUGGAUGAGUGGUUAGGGACUGGUAUUGUAAUCUAGUGGUCCUGGGUUCAAGCCCCCACCCCAGCCACUCACUGUAUUUGUUUACUCUUGCUCUGAAUUCAGUCUGUUGGUUACACUUUGUAUACAACCAAUUUCUAAUCUGUUGUUAUUGGCCCUGAAAAGUCUCAUUUGGGUAGUGAUCAAUUAGGUCUACAUACAUGUACAAACAAUGAAUGACUGAGGUAAAUUCUCUGGUACACAUGUCCAGUGAACUGUGCAUGAUUGUGAGCAUAUUUUCAUGGAGCCUGCCUGACAAUCGCAAUGCUCUCAAACAGAUAUUACUCUCUUUAACCAGAAAAUAGAAAAACUUCAAGCUAGUCUUCAUUUGUUGGAAGAUGACUGUGAAUGUCCUGUGAAUCAGCAUGUAGUUUUUGUGGAUAGUGAAAAAGAAGGUAUGAAAUACAUCUAGGCAUUACAUAUUAGAGGGAGUAGGGAGCAGAGAUAGCCCAGUGGUGAGAGCAGUGGUGGUAAGCAUGUGGUGAGAGCAUUUGUUUCCCACCACUGUGGUGCAGGUUCAAUGCAGGACCUGGCAUCACAUGUGGCUUGGUUCUCCUCCUUACUCAAAGGGUUUUUCUCCAGGUCCUCCAGUUUCUCUCCCUCAAUCCAAAUUAACCUGGAACAGUGGACAGGAAGAGCCACCUAGUGGAAUGUUCACUGCUGAAUCAUUAUUAUUGUUACUAUUAAUAUUAUUAUUAUAUACAUGCAUUUUAUGAACCUUCAUCCAAAAUGGCAAUUUUGUGCCUUAGUCCUCUUAGCCUCAAGUACAUCUUGAAAAUUGUGUUAAUUUUUUGCUAUGAAAACGUCAAAACGUUGCACUCCACAUCUGAAGUGACCACAUUGUGAAACAAACAAUUAUAUUUCUCCCUCAAAGAAAUAGUGUUUUUUUCACGUGUGAGCAUAACAUAUCAUUUUCACUUGCGAAGAUAUCAUGUUUUCAGGCAAAAGUUCAUAUGGUAUUUCAUUGAUGUUUAUAUAAAAAACCGUAUUUAAAUCUGAAGUUAGCCCAGAAUUAAAUUUUUCUUUACACACGUAAACAGCUGGACAAAUGUCCUGCCAUCCAUGGAGUUGACCGUACAAAACCUUUAUUUGACUGGUCAUGGUCCGUCGACUGGCCGUUAUUUUGAGCCCUGGAUUGUUUGUAAUUUCAACAAUUCUUUUAUUUUUGUUCAUUAGCUCAGUCUUUUGAUGCUGCUGCACAUUUUGAUACUGUACCAGAACUUGUGUCAAGAACAUACAACAGGCCCAGAAAGGAAACACUAAAAAGACAUCUCGUGCAGACUCCAGAUGACCACACUGUUAAGGUACAUGAAAAGUGAUUUUUUGCUUUUUUUUUGGAAGGGGAUAGGGAUUUGAUAGUACUAUCUAAGAAAUGUGUAUGAAUUUCAUUAUUCUUUCUUGAAGCUGUUGAUGAAAAUGGGUCAGACUCAAGGUUGGGGUGCGGCCUUUCCCUUCAUCUAGGCACUUCUGAAAGCCGCAAAACUUUAGAACGCAAAUUUACCUUCGAAAUCGGCAUUCUUAAUCCCCAUGUUAUCAACGAACGCUUCUCAUUCAACUUAUUUGAAUGUGCUCUUGUGUUUUUCACAUUACCAUGUUAUCACCAAUAGCUUAACUCCAUCUCUCUGUAGAUUAACCACACACAACCCAAAAUUCUUCAAUUUGCUCUGACGAAGGGCUAACGCUCGAAAACUCAGUUUUGGAGCUUUUUUAGAUUCUCUUUACAUUAUCAACUCAAUUGAUAAAAUUUACAUUAUCUUUAACUCAGUUGAUAAAACCUCUGUUUAAUUUUUAGUGCCUUUCCUUAUCCCCGUAGUUUAGUCACAGAACGAAAAUAACCCCACCCAACCCUUAUGGGUAUGGAAUGGGUAUGGACCUAAGCUACCCUUACUGAAGUUAUGUUGUCUGCUUUGAUCCUUCUGUUUUAUCAUGUUAAGUAUGUAAAAUGACCUGUUUUUUUUUUUCGCAGAGACUUGAAAAACAAAGGCAUCGUUGUUAUGAAGAGUUAAGAGAGCGAAUUGAACGGGAGAAGAAAUUGCAAAAGGUCACUGAGGAACUGGAGCUUCAGAAGCACCUUAUGGUAUGAGAUACCACGAAAAAAACAUUCUUUUUAGGAAAGCUUCCAAACUGAAACAUCUUCGAACAUUUAGUUUUGAGAACAGUAGUAGAGAACUGAUAGCCCAGGGCUCAUUUCAAGCGCAGAUACCUCAUAAGUAAACAAUGAAGUUCAUUGUCAUGUUACUUAACACAACUCUUUGAUUUGAAGUUAAUGUAGUUAAAUGUAGUGAUGAGAUUACAAUGAGUAAAAGCUGCAAACUCUUACUCACACCGAACUGGUGUGACGCGCAAAUGGCGCGCGCGCGCGCUCUGAGAUUUUUUAAAUUUGAAAACACAUGAUGAGCAAUUCUUACGCGUGCGAUUUUCGCGUUUUUUUUUUCGGAGUCGCGUUUUAUGAGAUUUAUUCGCUUUGGAGUUGAGAGUUUCCGUUUGGUGGUGGUCGCCUAUUUUCCGAAGAUAAUUUUGCGUAAUCGCUUUCGAACAAUUAGAGUAGCCUUCCACUGGAGCAUUGAUCUUUACCAUUUUAUACGUGUUGCUUUGAAAUUAACAGUUUUAUGUUCUGACAAAGAUCAUGUGCUUGUUUUCAGGGCAAAGGCAGACGAGUGAAAAUACAGAAAGAUGAAAAAUCUACACCAGUUUACAGAUGGAAGAGAGAAAGAAAAAGAUAGCACGAAUUCUUGACUCAUUGUAGUUGCUAAAUAAAGAAUCUUUGUUACAUGA